UGACGUUUUGCGUCAAGCAACAACAGCAAAACCGGCUCUAUGUGGUAUUUCAUCAGGAAAAGUGUUUCCCUAGGUUAAGGUUCUGCUGAUAAACACACAGGUGUUGGCUUGUUUGUUAAGUUUAGCCAGAAGCGCGCAGCAUCUUCAACAUGAAGCUGUCUGUUUCUAUAUUUAUUAUUGCCGCUAUUGGCACCUGCUUAGUGCAUUCCAAAACGCAAAAAAGCCCCGUUAUCGACAACAUAACGGACAUGAAAGAGUUGAAGAAGCUGUUUCGCACCAAAACCAAUGUGUUGAUACUGUUCGUGGCAGGAAUGAAGGAAAACAACGCUGUGCUUGCGUCCUUCCGGGAGGCUGCCCACACUGUCAAGGGUCAGGGUACGAUGGUGCUGUUGGAUUGCAACAAUUCGGAGGUGAAAAAGAUUUGCAAAAAACUCAAAGCCGCACCUGCCCCUUUUGCGCUGAAGCAUUUCAAGGAUGGCGAUUUCCACAAGGACUACGAUCGACAGCUAUCGGCGACCAGUAUGGUGAACUUCAUGCGCGAUCCUACCGGGGAUCUUCCCUGGGAGGAAGAUCCAAUCGGGGUCGACGUGCUGCACGUUCCGGAUGCGGUGACGUUGGGUAAAUUUUUGAAAAAGGAAGUAAAACCGACCCUGGUGAUGUUUUACGCUCCGUGGUGUGGUUUCUGCAAGACGCUGAAGCCGGAGUUUUCGGCAGCCGCUACGGAACUGAAAGGGCGAUAUGUACUGGCAGCGAUCGAUGUGAAUCGGCCCGAAAAUUCCAUCAUUCGCAAGCAGUACAAUAUAACCGGCUUCCCAACAUUGCUGUACUACGAAAAUGGUCGCAUGAAGUACACGUUCGAGGGCGAAAACAACAAAGCCGGAAUUGUAGCGUUCAUGAAAAACCCGACCGCUCCUCCGCCGGCGAAACAGAAGGAACCGGAUUGGGCAUCGGAAAGCUCGUCUGAAAUCGUGCACCUGACGGUAGGAAAUUUCGAACCCGCGCUGAAGGAUGAGAAAUCCGUGCUGGUAAUGUUUUACGCGCCGUGGUGUGGCCAUUGCAAGAAGAUGAAGCCCGAAUACGAGAAGGCAGCCGAAAUCAUGAAAGCCAAAAACAUUCCCGGCGUUCUAGCGGCGCUCGAUGCGACCAAGGAAGCACCUAUUGGCCACCAGUACGGUGUGAAAGGGUACCCGACCGUAAAGUAUUUUAGCAAUGGCGAAUUCAAGUUUGACGUCAACGUGCGCGAAGCCGACAAGAUUGUUAAAUUUAUGCAGAAUCCAACAGAACCGCCACCACCCCCAGCGCCGGAAGCACCGUGGGAAGAUGAACCGUCUGAGGUCGUGCACCUGAAUGAGGAAACAUUUAAACCGUUCCUGAAGAAAAAGAAGCAUGUGCUUGUGAUGUUUUAUGCACCAUGGUGUGGUCACUGUAAGCGAGCGAAGCCGGAGUUUGCUCGAGCGGCCGACCAUUUCCGAGAUGAUCCAAAAACCGAGCUGGCAGCGGUCGACUGUACACGGCACAGUGCCGUAUGCUCAAGCUACGAAGUGCGCGGAUAUCCUACGAUUAAGUAUUUCAGCUAUCUUAAAACCGUGCAGGAGUAUAACGGUGGCCGGACGGAGACUGAUUUUAUUGCCUACCUUAAGGAUCCCACCGCCGCCCCCUCAAAGACUGACAAAGUAGCUGAACCGUACGGCGACUUUCCCGGCGUGGACCAGAUGCUCGUUCUGACGGACGCCAACUUCGACGAAGUGACCAAACAGCAACCAAAUCUUUUAAUUAUGUUCUACGCCCCUUGGUGUGGCCACUGUAAGCACAUGAAGCCCGACUUUGCGAUGGUGGCACAGCUGUUGGCUGAUGAAAAGGUGGCCGCCAAGGUGGCUGCUCUAGACUGCACCGUGCACACGAAAACGGCAGAACGAUUCCAGAUUCGAGGCUAUCCGACGCUUAAAUUUUUCACCAAUGGGCAGUUUCAGAAAAACUACGAAGGUAAACGAACUGCCCAAGACAUGCUGCAGUUUCUGCGGUCUGGCGGUGCGUUAGCAAAGGAUGAGCUGUAAGUUGUAAUGAGUCUGCAUUGCCUCCUUUUGGCUCAGUACUUCUGUUCACUGUAAUCGAUCAACUUUUCUUUCGUCCGGCUCUUGGCAUCAGAUUGUGAGCGAUGGUGAAAGUAGCCAUUAUUGUGUCCUGUGUACUCAUACUCAGUUUGGGCCUAUCGUUAUCGAUAUCGGAUGGGCCACACGCAUUUCUACCUCUUGUCUUACAUUUCGCAAUAUUGUCUUUUUGUCUAAGUGUAUAUAUUUAAUCGUCUUCGUGUCACGUAGCGUGGAAGUCCAUGUAACAAGCUGUACGACCGUUACUUCUUGAACAAAAUAAAGUCCUCACUACAUCCAUUUCUAAA